AGGGAAACAAGUGUCUCGCUUCGCUUCCGUGCUUUGCUCCGUUCUCUCCGCACGCUUCACUUCUCCUUCCGGCGGCACGCACCGCACGCACCACGGUACUCUAGCAUUUCUCCAUUACACCUCUGCACGCAGCGCUCUCUCCGUCUUCACAGCCGCCUUUCGAUUUGCUCGCUCUCUACUGAACUCCUCUGCCCUUCCCUUCUCGCUGGGCACACAUACGACGUUGGUUUCGCCUUCCCCUGUCUGUCAGCCACUAGUUGGACGGGCGGCAUGGCCGACGCGCCAACUUCUCCAACGGCGCCCAGCACAGCCGAGAAGAUGCCCACUUCUUCUGCAACAGCAGCACCCGUCGUCACGGAAGGGGUUGCGACGGCGCCAGAUGCACCAAAUGCGGUGACACCGCCGGGCCUCCCCGACGCGGCGACGACAUCGGUGACACCGCCGGUGAACACGCUGAAGCGGCCGCGGGCUGUGCAGCCGGUGACGCACUUUCUCAGCCCUGCCUCCGCUAAUACGCCGUCCUUCGCGAGCACGGCGUCGACCGCGCCUCCCACGUCGACACUCGCCGAUCACGGGGAUGAAAACGGCGCCGAUGAGGUGCCCGUACCGCCCAAGCAGGUGCGCAUCGAGGGCCCCAACGGCUCUCCCCCCACGCCCCGCUCUCCCUACGCCGGCCUGCCGCGCAAGAUCCCACGAAAAACGCCCGUCUCCACACCCGCCUCCUCGUUGGGCACGCCCACCCUCGUCUCGCCCGUGCAGCUUUCCUCAUCACUGACGACGCCAACGCCGUCACCGGCUACCAGCGUUAGUGCCGCCGCGGCGAAGCUGGCUGCACUGCGCCAGCGUUGGGCCAAUCUGCUGCGGGGCGCUCUCAUGAAGGAGCGUCAGCCGCACGAAACGGAGGCGGUGAUGGCGCUAGCCAUGCGCAUCGUGGAGGCGCUUCCGGGCGACUUGGAGGAGACGAAGGACGGUUUUCAGACCCUUCUCUUUAGCUUGAAGGAUGAGAAGAACGGCGAGCUACGCCGCAUGGUGGUGGAAGGCGAGCUGCUUGUGGAAAAGCUAGUGCAGAUGGACGACCGCGAGCUGGCCAAUCCGGAGGUGAGGAAGAAGAUUGAGGAGAAGAUGGAGGACCGCGCCAAGGACACAAAUAUGAGCGAGCUGGCCAAGGCGAUGCGAACGAGCAACUCCACGCUGUUCAAGUGUAUGACGUGCGGGGCGCGGGACACGUCGUGGUAUCAGCGCCAGACCCGCUCCGGUGAUGAGCCGAUGACGGUGAUCAUCACGUGCAACCGGUGCAACACGCAGUGGCGAAAGUACUGA